UCUAGCAGUCCAGUGGCAUCGACAGGCAGGGAAAGCCCUCAAACAGUUAGUCCAGUGUCUCCGGUGAAGACCGCCGCUCCGCACCCUUUUGGCUCCACCCUGAGUUUAGAUCGUCUCAACGGGCUGAAUAACAGCUGAAGAAAGCACAAGUGAAGCUGUUGCAUUGAUUUGUGCUUUUAGGGGACAUGGCUGAUGCAAGUUUGAACGAGUCGUCCACCGCGGACGCAGCAAACAGGUUUGCUCGAAAAGGUGCUUUGAGGCAAAAAAACGUCCACGAAGUCAAGAACCAUAAAUUCAUCGCCAGAUUCUUCAGGCAGCCGACUUUCUGCAGCCACUGCACCGACUUCAUCUGGGGGUUUGGAAAGCAAGGAUUCCAGUGCCAAGUUUGCUGUUUUGUGGUCCACAAGAGGUGCCAUGAAUUUGUCACGUUCUCCUGCCCAGGGGCAGAUAAGGGACCCGACACAGACGAUCCAAGAACAAAGCACAAGUUCAAGAUCCACACUUAUGGGAGUCCCACCUUUUGUGAUCACUGUGGCUCUCUGCUCUACGGCCUCAUCCACCAGGGAAUGAAGUGUGAUUCCUGCGAAAUGAAUGUUCAUAAGCAGUGUGUUAUGAACGUGCCCAGCCUGUGUGGAACUGAUCACACUGAAAGAAGGGGGCGUCUUUACCUCAAGUGUGAGGUCAGCAUGGAUAAGCUGCAGGUCACAGUGGGUGAAGGCAAAAACCUCAUCCCCAUGGACCCCAAUGGUCUGUCUGAUCCAUAUGUCAAGCUCAAGCUCAUACCAGAUCCCAAAAAUGAGACCAAGCAGAAGACCAAAACGAUCCGUUCCAGCCUCAACCCUACUUGGAAUGAGACAUUUACUUUCAAACUGAAGCCGACUGACAAAGACCGCAGGCUGUCAGUAGAAGUGUGGGACUGGGAUCGAACCACCAGGAAUGACUUCAUGGGAGCUCUUUCCUUUGGAGUGUCUGAGCUAAUGAAGUCUCCAGUUUCUGGCUGGUAUAAGUUAUUGUGCCAGGAGGAAGGGGAGUACUACAAUGUUCCCAUCUCAGAGGAAGAUGAUGGUAAUGAGGAACUGAGGCAGAAAUUUGAGACUAUGACAAGACUGAAGUUGCAGAGAAAUAAAGCCAAGCUGGGCCCAACGAAGGUGAUUGCAGAGACAGAAGACAGUCACUCCAUCCAGUUCCCAUCCAACAGCCUGGACCAAGUCAAACUCAGUGACUUUACCUUCCUGGCUGUACUAGGGAAAGGCAGCUUUGGCAAGGUCAUGCUAGCUGAGAUGAAGGCCACAGAAGAGCUGUACGCAAUUAAGAUCCUGAAAAAGGAUGUGGUGAUCCAGGAUGAUGAUGUUGAAUGUACAAUGGUGGAGAAGAGAGUUCUGGCCCAACAGGACAAGCCACCCUUCCUCACACAGCUGCACUCGUGCUUCCAGACUGUGGACCGCCUGUACUUUGUCAUGGAGUAUGUUAAUGGUGGAGACCUCAUGUAUCAUAUCCAGCAAGUGGGCAAGUUCAAGGAACCUCAGGCAGUAUUCUAUGCAGCAGAGAUCGCUGUUGGUCUCUUUUUCCUGCACACUAAAGGAAUCAUUUACAGAGAUCUGAAGUUGGACAACGUGAUGCUGGACUCUGAGGGACACAUUAAGAUUGCUGACUUUGGCAUGUGCAAAGAGAACAUGGCGGAAGGAGUGACCACACGAACCUUCUGCGGCACUCCAGACUACAUAGCUCCAGAAAUCAUUGCAUAUCAGCCAUACGGGCGCUCUGUAGACUGGUGGGCGUACGGAGUUCUGCUCUAUGAAAUGCUGGCUGGACAGCCCCCAUUUGAUGGUGAGGAUGAAGAUGAAUUGUUCCAGUCCAUUAUGGAGCACAAUGUGUCCUACCCAAAGUCCCUGUCCAAGGAAGCUGUCUCUAUCUGCAAAGGGCUGAUGACCAAACACCCAUCCAAGCGUCUGGGCUGUGGCUCUGAGGGCGAGAGAGACAUCAGAGAGCAUGCAUUCUUUAGACGGAUCGAUUGGGAUCGCCUCAAGAACAGAGAGAUACAGCCACCCUUCAAGCCUAAAGUGUGUGGCAAAGGGGCAGAGAACUUCGAUAAGUUCUUCACACGCACCCAGCCUCAGCUCACACCACCUGAUGAGCUGGUUAUUGCCAACAUCGACCAGGCGGAGUUUGCAGGGUUCUCUUUCAUCAACCCACAGUUUAUGCACCCGGCGCUCAUCAGCAACGAAUGAAGAGGAUCGUAAAGCUUCUUAAGAACCUUCCUGCUCCAAGACGCCCACUUAAACCAACUGUCAACAUCUGAAUAGAGCUUCAAGCUCCACAGUAGAUUCUUAUGUAUUGGUGUAAUUCAUAUGCAUGACUCUCGGGCAUGCAUAUUAAAUCUGUAUAAUACUUUUGCUAAUAUAGAUUAUGGAUUGGAUAUACUAGAUUGGUUCUCGGCCCCUACAGAACUUUUUUUUUUUUUUUUUUAGUAACAAUGGGCUUGCACUGCAGAGGAAUGUGUCUUCCUAAUCCAAGGCACAAAGACAGGCUUUAUUAAUCUUAGCCAGUAUAAAACUAGAGUAUAAAAAUGUGUUUACAAAUCUCAGUGGGUAAAAAUGCUCUUUAUAGAUUGAAUUGGUGGGUAACAACUUGUACUUUUGUGAAUAAUCAUAACACAAACUCAUAGAAGGCAUUAUAGAUGCUAUAGCCAAAUAAGGACAGGUGGUGCAGGUGUUGAAACAGCACUUUGUGAUUCAAUGUUUCCUGUAUCAUGUUUACACUUUUAUUCUCAUUUUAUUUCAUGUUAAUGAUAUACAGUUAAGUUUUAGUAUAAAAUUAUUUUAGCAAGUCUCUACUUCCUGUUUGUAUACAAGUGAAGGAGAAGCAGUUCUGUGAUGAUAUGCAUCCUGUACAGACAUAAAUGUGUGAGACUCAGAGGUAUAAAAUCAUUAGUUCCAGUUUGUCAAAACUUAGCUUAACUUUAGUUGUUAAAAAUUAGUAAUCAAACAGUGGAUUUCCUUGCCCUUAUUGAGCUGCAGAUUGUAUGUUUAUGUCUUCAUUAAUUUUAUUGACACUGUGCACACACAGUAAUCUUUAAGCAGUUUCAUACAGCAGUUUCAGUACAUGCUUCUGUCUACCAUGGAGUCGAACAUGUGUCAGUCACAUUACUACAAAGCCUCUCACGAAAUGUCUUUACAGCAUCUGUAAAGACAUAAUUGUAACAUAUAAUUUUGACCAUGCAAUGCAUUACUGCAUAAAGUUGAUAAAACAGUUAUUGUUGUCUAAGAACAAAGUCAAGUUUCAAGUUGUGCAUUUGUCACAUGCACAUCUGAGGCUGUGCACACCCAUUUAACACCAGUAAAAACAACACUGGAAUAAACUAAAAUUACAUACAAAAUAUAAAUAUAUAACUCAUUUUUUCUUUGGAGUCAACAAAAUCAUCUUUAGUUAAAUCAUUCUUUGUUUCCCUUCUUGGUUCUGUAUUAUAUUUAGAAAAAAAAAAUAUUUUUACUCUCCUCUUUCUCUGUGAUCUCAUACAUAUUUUUUCAUUUAAUCAGAUUACUAUUUUAAUGUAACAAAAAAGGAAUCAGUGUCUAACUUCUUUGUAAAUAAUUUUGAGUUAUUUAAAGAAAAAAACUCAAGUUACAUUUUUAUACCAACACAUGAAUGUGCUUUUAUUACAUUUAAUUAGAUAAGCCAAUAUUUGUAUGUUGUAUAAAAAGUUUAACCACUCAGAGCUUACCCCAGUACAAGUCAGCUGUGAGACAGCUGGAUGUCUUUUCAAUUGAGUCCAAUACUAGCAAGUUAUGAAACUGUUAUACUUGUUUUGUCAGAUGUAUCAAGAUGUUUUUUUAAUGUUGAUUUCUUUUUGUGUGUAAUUUUAUCCUGAUUAGAUGUUUUUCCAGCGGUUGACUGUCCCUCUGUGUCUGCAUGGUGUUGGUAGGCAUCACUCAUGCAUGCGAUCUGCUAAAUGUUGCAUGCUGCAAAGUAUGAAACUCCAAAGAUGUCAAAGUAAACGAUCUAAACAGUUAAACAUUGAAGGGAAGAGUUUCCUUCUGUGGUCUUGAAGGAAAUAUCCAUGUUGGUUAAAAAUAUAUUUUUGACUACAGGUUUGUUUGGUUGUUUUUUUUUUUAACUGCAAUUAGAGAAGAAGGGAGACAAACAUUUCCUAGAAAUUUUAUAAUCAUUUUAUCAUUAUCAGAGUCGGAUCGGUUAUUAUAAGAGUGCUGCCCUGAAACCAGUUCAACCUUCAGGGACACAGCUGCUCUGAUGCUCUAUCAAGCUCAAAUACGUUGGUAAACUAUGUGUGAAAACGUCAGCAGUUUUGCCAAAUGAAUCAUAUUGCUGAUCCUCAGGGGCUAAAUGACAAAACUGACAUUUAAUAUAGCUUAAAGAGUUAAGUCAAUGGCAACUACUUCUGGAGACCCGGUCACUGUUGCUAGUUCUAGGUCAGGGUUCUUUUCCGUUAAAGCUCAAUAUGUGCGCAGGUUCCUCUGGCAUCUCCCUGAGGAUGAGUCCAUAUCAGUGAGUGGAACACUGACUCCAGAGCUGCCGUGUUGUGACUCAGAACAGCUGCGAGUCUGUCACACAAUGGGUUUUAUUUUAUGAUAUGAAUGGAAUUAAUGAAAAAUACUGUAUUAAUCUCCAGAGGGAAUUUAUAAUUAAACUAAUAGAUAAAUAUGUAUGCAGUUUGUAUGUUAUAUGAUAAUAUUAUAUUUUUUUUUCCUUAACAUUCACCGUUUAGGCUUUCAGUUGUUUAUCAACUUAAUCCUAAUGCAUUAUCAACUUUAUUUUUUCCAGUUUUUGUUCAAGAAAUAUGGGGAUUUUUCAAAGAAUAUAUCAUAUCAGCAAACUCUGGUAUAAAUGACAACUACUGAUAUUCUGUCCAUGUUUGGCCACAAGUUGCACUCUUCCACUGUGUUUCUUGUCUUCUUCAACUUUUUGCAUGUGCCAAACCUGGAGAACAAAAGAACCCGACAAUAGCAGCCUUGCACUAGCUGUAGUCACAAAGAUGACUUUGUGGCAGCAUCUCUGUUGGCCACUGAACCUGUAGUAGCAUGCUGCCAUUAGUAUACCAGUGCAUACUGUGUCAUUACCCUUAACAGUGCCAGUCUGUUUGAUAGUUGAGCUUCUGUGCACAUUAGUAAAGGCUCCUGUUCACAUUACCAGAUUAUCUGGAUUUUGACAAAAACUGAUAAAAAAAAAAAAAAAGGAAAAAAAAAAAUCCUCAAAAAUGGUCUUGUCAAAGUCUAAGUUGCACCUCUGUAUGUGACUGUGCCCUGUGGCUAAAAAGUCUAGCUCCUUCCCUAUAUAGGAAAUCUGUUGACUUGCUGUGUUUUCAGUCUGUUAGAACACACAGUGUGGACAUAACAAAAUAUUCUCCUCCCUUUUGUGCCUUCCCCAGCUUUUACAGAAUUCCUGUACAUAUUCUUUUUAACAUCUAUGUUUUUCCUCAGACCUAAACCCUCUAUAUAGUUUUAAUUCAUUAUGUCUGAUUCUUAAAUAACUUUCAUUCUAGUUUAUUUCUACAUUUUUAUUUAUUUUUCUCCUUACUUUGUGUUUGAUCACCUCUUACAGUUAAUUUACAUUAAGUUUUAUGAAAAAAGAAAAAGAAAAAUAGAUAUCAGAACAUCUUUGUUACUGAUGACAAUAAUCUUUACAU